AGUUAUCGAAUAUUGCCGUUAUACGGACCUGCACAAGCUUUUCUUUCGUUCCAAGUACGUGAAAAUCACAAAAUUAGCAACGUAUUAUCUAAAACGUUUAUUACCGCCAACUAGUGUUCCUUUUGCCAUUAAGCUAAAGGUAUAAAUAUGAGAACAGUUAUAUUAAACGUCCCCAGUCUAGUAUUGUGUAAGUGAAUACUAAUCCUUACAUCAUGAAGUACAUCUUCGCAGUAGCUUUGGCUUUGGCAAUAAUAUCAGUUGCUGUCUCAGUUCCAAUCGCAGGCGGCGCAGCUGGUGGUAAGUGUAAGGUAGACAAACAAGCGAGCAAAGCUAAGGUUGAAGAUAGCAAAGAUGUUGAGAAAGAAAAGAAAGUUAGCAAAGGUCACACCGAAGGAGUCAAGGAAGUUAAAACAGUAAUAAUUCAAAGAACUGAAAGAAUACUUGACACAAAAGAAGUAAAAGGCAGCGAAAUCAAGGAAGGCGAAACAAGUAAAGCUGCUAAGGAAGCGUCAGAAGCUUCCGCGAAAAAAGCUGCUGCUGGAGGAAUCGUCAAACGUGAUCUAGCCGAAAAUCCGCAGGACAUCGUAAAAGAAUUCAUAGAAGGUGGAAUUAAUGCAGCCAGAGCUGGACUCAAAGGUGGCGCUGAUCUCGCAGGAGCUGCUCCACUUGCAGCGAAGGCUUUUGUUGAUGGGGCAACUGCGAUCGUCUCCAGUGGAUUUGAAGCAGCCAAAGGCCUGGUUACUGCUGGCGGUGGACUUAUAGCAGCCGCAGAUGUGAAAGACAAAGCAGAAAAAGCUCUAGCUGGUACUGCCGCUGUUGCUGCUCCUGCCGCCGCAGCUGCUGCAGCUGCGCCCGCAUUAGCUGCAGCCGCGCCUGCAUUAGCUGCAGCCGCCAAGAAACCAUAAAAGCUGUGAUGGACAGGAAUUGUUAUAAUGUUUUGUUCAAUAAAAUGUGUGUUUGACAACUAAA